CCAAUUCUGAACAUGAACAUUCAUCACUAUGUCAACUCGUCGCCAGCAUGCGAAGUCACGCAAAGGGUGUAUAAUAUGCAAGGCUCGUCAUGUCAGGUGUGAUGAGACCGGUCCUCCUUGUGGGCGUUGUAAAAUCCGUGGAGAUGUCUGCGAGUAUGCUGGCCCGCGAUCAAGUACUGAGGACGUUGCCGCUUCAACCUCUGUAAGCCAGGAGCCAGUGGGAUCUAUCUCAGCGAGACCUCGUGAGGUGAUUUUCCCGGCCAAUAGUCAUCUAUUAGAGUUGCAGCUCAUGCACCGAUGGACCGCCUCAACAUACAAAUGCUGUUGCACGCCCGGGGCUGAGGACGAUGAGGUUUGGCAGUCCUGGGUGCCACAACUCGCCAUCAAACAUGACUACCUCUUAUAUGGGCUCUUGUCUCUUACCUCAUUCGAAAUUGCGAGGUUGGCGCAGACGCCUCACCGCCAACAAUAUAUUGAAGCGGCGACUGAAUAUCAUGGACUUGCGCUGAGCAGCUUCCGUGUUCAAAUAUCUUCUUCUAUCAUCGACGACGACAACAUCGAUGCUGCGGUUUGCAUGUCACUGAUGCUUUUGGUUUUAGGAUUUGCGUCGGCACAGACUAGAGCUACAAAUCCAUCAGGCGAUGAGAGCGAUAGUGUGAUACAAACAGUUCUUGUCAAUGUCGAGCUGCUACGCGGAUGCACCCCAAUAAUUGAAAGCAAACAAGACUACCUGUUGGAGAAUCCAUAUGUGCGAAAAUUGAAGCCAUUUGAAAGCUUGCCCCGGAGUCCGCUUGAUCCAAGUGUGGAAGGGGCACUUGUCAUGUUAGCCAACCUCAAUGACAAGAGAAUCACAUCAUCAGUCCGUGACACAGUUUCUCAAAGAGCUCAGCAAGUUGAAUACUGGGAAGUUUGUAAGGCCGCAUUAGGUCUUCUUCAGACGAUGUAUGAGAAGUGUGUCGAUGAUUUUACCCGCGGCUAUGCUCUUGGUUGGUUAAACAUGGCUGGUGAUAGAUAUAUUGAAGCGGUCAAAGAUGGCGACGCCGCCGCGUUGCUAAUACUCAUGUAUUGGGGGGUGUUGGUAGAGAAAUGUGGACAUCAGGUCUGGUGGGCAGAGCAAUUUGGGAGCUCGCUGGUGGCUGAGAUAGCUUGUUUGCCGCUUUUUAAAGACGCUGAUGCCGUUGUCCAGGAUCUUAUCCUACGAGCAUGACAGCAUACAUAAGCAGCAAUAGUACUAAUGUUAUAAUUUUCAAUUUUUGUACAACAGAAUCAUAAAAGGAAUAUAAGGAAUAUUUCAAGAAUGG